AUGGGGGAAAACUUCAUUGUUGCUUCUUGUCUUCCAGAGCCAGAGUCUCCCUGGAUAUUGGCAUAUGUGCCUAUAAGAAGCUGCCAUAGAGUUCUGAAGGACAAGUAUGGGGAGUUUUUUCCUCCAGCAUACCGUGGUGAUUUCCCCGUAAGCUUUUGGUGCAACUGGACAAUCUGGGCAGGCUCCAGAAAGCAUAUAAUAAUUUAUAUUCAAGGCUUUAACGCUAAGGAGGACUGCAACAAAAAUGAGGACAAAAUUCUAUUUGAAGGAGUUUCUUCACUGGUGGAAAACAGUGUUGUUUACUCUUGCUGGAAAAAGGAGAUGCACGUUUUUGCCACCUUUGCUCAGGCUGUCCACGUUGUGUUGCUGAAGAGGUACUUGCCAAACUGCAGAGAUGCACAGUUUAAAGGGAAAUACUACAUCUUCCAAGACCAGGAAGGUGAAUCUUCCUCCAAAGAUGAUGGGAUUUCUGAAACUCCUACUCCAAAACUACCAAAGCAAGACAGUAUUUUUCAGUCUGGCUGUGUUGAAAACCUUAGAAAUGUGCUGGGCUUGGCAACCCCAUGUAGCACCAUGAACCCUGGCGAGACCACAGUGCUAAGUGGUGAGCCGAUGCAGGAAAGAGGGAUCACUCUGGAUACUAUGGCUGUGGAAAGUCCUAUUGAGCUUAUCCCACGUGAACGUGCAAAGACACUGCUUCUGGAAACAAAAGCUCCUGGUGAGCUGGGAUCUGAGCUGCCGGGGGUUCAGGAAGCUCAAGGCACAGGAACACCUGAGGGUAUAAUCCCCACUGCAGCACAGGAUAGCUGGGGGCAGAGUCUCUCUGUGAGUGGGGACAUCACUGUGGGUUUUGGUUAUAUGCACAGGCUUUCAAGUGUGCAUUUGGAAACUCCUUUGCUCAGUGCCUUGCAUGCGGCAGAACCUCUUUUGCAGCCAGCAGGUGUGAGUCUGGAGACCAGCCAGUCUGUCCUGAGUGCUACCUUGAAGCCAAAAGGUCUGGGUGACCUACAAUUUACUAUUAAACCAACACGCACAAGUUACCUGGACUCAGCUGCACACUCACAGUCUGUGUCCCCUGGCAGAGGGGAAAGCCAAGAAAGCACAGGUACCACCAGGAACCAGCGGCUCAGCACAGUCAGCUUGGAGAAGGGUGAAAGCCAUCCCCAGCUGAGCAUCCCAGCUGAUGGCACAGUGAGCAGUGAGGCCGAGGGCCUUGCACAGGGCCUGACACCCAGCCUGAGCAGCCACUAUGAAAUGGUAAACAAGGACCACUUGCAUCUGCUACCUGAGAGAAGCCUGAGCUGCCAAAGCAGUUUAAGGCACUUGUCCAUACCUAAAUCUGAGCUGGGAACAACUGGCCUCCAACAUACAAAGCUCAUGGAUAUUUCCCUGCUGGAAAGCUCUAGGGGAGUUGGUGUGGGGCUUCCUCUGCCCAAGGGCUGUGUGAGCAGUGGCUCUGGGGUGGCACCAGCUUCCCUGUCUGACAUCUGGGGGGUGAGGAGAGAGGAGCACAUGGUGCCUGUGCAGCAUCAGGACACAGCUGCUAGUGACAAACUGGCUCCUGCCUCCCUCCUUGGGGGAUGUAAAAUGCAGAAAACCACAGAAGCUCUUCGAGUGGGUGCAGGACAGCAGAGAACUGCCUCCUUCAGCACCACUCCUGCACACCCUGAUCUUCCUGCAGCUCCAUGGGGAGGAACACUAUCAAGAGACCAAAUGCCUUGGGAUCCCUCUGAUGUAUCCAGAAACACCCAGAUGCCAGAAGGACAGCAAUGGAAACACGCUGAGCUGGGACCUCCAUGGGCAAUGGAGUACUUUCCCCUCAGGAGCUGCCAUCUCAUCUUUCGGGAUGGGUCUGGGGUGUUUUACCUUCCGCUGCAUGCUGACAUUAAAACCAACAUCUGGUGCAACUGGACCAUCUGGGCAGGCCCCCAGAAGCACAUUGUCAUCUACGUCCAGGGAUUUGAGGGGAGCGACGGCUGUGGCAGCAACCAGGACAAGAUCAUCUUCCAGGGGGUCUCAUCAAGUGUGGAAACCAAAGUGGUGUAUGCCUGCCACAACCGAGGCACUCUGGUCUUUGCUACGCAAGCUACUGAGGUCCAGGUGUUGUUUCUGUCAGGGAGUGGCUCCCAAAGCCAUGAAUACAAAUAUUUUAAGGGACAGUAUUACGUAUUCAGAGACUCUGAAGCUGUGGGCUCUUCAAACGAUACCAUAGCAGCUCCCCGAGAGCCUGUCCAGGAGACCUCUAAAAAAGAGAGCUGGAGGACAGUGGCAACAAAAGGUUUAGUGUCCAUGCUCAGUGCCUCUCUAGACCCACCAGCUGCACCUGCUGGUGGCAGGAUUCAGCCUGAUCUUGUGAGCCCAGAUGGAAAGGCCCAACACCCUUCUGAUCUCACAGAAGAUGCUCAGUUUGGUACUAACCUGAGCAAGCUUGACCUGAGUGAGCAUGGUCAACUGCAGGAUGAAACCAAGCUGGAAAAGAGCCCUCAGGAUGGUAGCACUGAGGGCAGAGAAACUGAAGAUGAUGUGUUGGUGGAGGCAGCUCCAGCUGGGCAAGACACUGGGUGUAAAGCUGAGCCAUCUGCCUUGGGGCUGACCAAGGGGGAUGUAGAGCCAGUAGCUGCUCUGGCCACCACAGUCCCAAGUCACUCAACUGGUUUACCUUUCUCAGAGAUGCCCAGCAGCAAUGCAGGUGUCUCUGACAAAUCAUCCAGUCUGGGUCAGGCCAGUGACAACCUGUCAGAAGAAGUGGCUGCUGCUACACAUCGCACACAGACACCAGUGCUGGAAGAGCCACCACCAGACAUAAGUACAAAACCUUCUCUCUACCCCUCUCCUGGUGUGACUGCUGGUGAUACGGUGUCUCUGGGGGAAAGGACAGAAGAGCUUUUUGAUCUGGUUUCUGCCCUGGCAUCUCUGGAGAAUGGCACAGCACUGCAGUCCCAGCACCAUCCCGGAGAUAUGCUGUUUGAAGUAACUAUGGAAGUCAAACCCAAGGACUGGAUUCCUCAUGGUGGAAGUGAGCUCCGAAAGGGUCUUCUCGAAUCUAUGAAGAACCAUAUACAGAAGAACCUGAAACUUUCUGCCAACAGAGUCAAUGAAAUAAAGUUAAAUGAUGUCAAAAGCACAAGGGAUGCCAACCUGCUGCUCACCUUCUGGCUGCACCUGAAGCCGGAGGAGAGGAAUGUGUCUCUGCUCCUGCGCUCCCAGCUAGAGGAGCUGCUUGGCACCUCAGUCGGAGCAGAGAAGCUGCAGCUUGUUUCGCUGUCUGUUGAAGACGUGAACGAGUGCAAUGCCGGGGUUGGCCUCUGCGGGGAGGAGGCAGAGUGCUUCAAUGGCGUGGGCACCUACCUCUGCCGCUGCAAACAGGGCUAUGAGGAUCAUUCUCCCACCAAGUCCGGCACCCUCUGCAUCCGCACUCCCCGAUCAGGGAUCAGCUUCUUCCUCCGUCACACUGACAUCCUGGUGGGGGCAGCCAUCGUGUCUGUCCUGAUGAUGCUGGUGGCUGCUGGUAUCCUCUGUGUGACAGCCAUCUGGAGACAGCACCCCAGGAGGAGCCCAGGCCUCGAGGAGCCAUCAGUGAGGGCCGUGGAGGAGCCAGAGAUGGAGUUGCAUGACCUGGGGGAGUGCCUGCGCCUGGACCCCUUCCAGCUGAAGCUGCGGGCCAGGCCCCCCGAGUGGCUGUGGAGUGUCCAUGCCCACCAUGGUGAGGUGUGCCAAGUCUUUCUGGAGCAGUCUUCCCCACUCUGAGGGAGUUGCAGGUCUUCCCCAGCCCCCCUGUGGCCCUAGUGACCUGUGCAGGCACUCCUGCCUUUCCCAGCUGACACAAGCCACUGGCUGUGCAAACCCUUCUGCUGUGUUUUAUGGACCAUGAAUAUCCCACAACAGUGUUCCUAGUCUUGUAAUUUAAUUUUUUUUUUUUAAUAUUCACUCAGCAAAAUGCUUGCUCCACACUGCUGUACAUCUGCUGAUUUACCCUGCUCAAGAGCUGCACAGAGCUGUCAGUAUGUCAAAA